GCAAUAUGUAAUAGAGACCCAGAUUGGUGGGUAGAGAGAGCCAUGGACACCAGCUGGCACCACGAGCCAUGGAUCCUCCAUCCACCGCCACCAUGUGCAUCCAUCGUCACUUGCAGAGCUCCUACUAAUCCUCAUCGCUAAGCAGAAGAAUGCGGAGAUGCUGCUGACUCAAACGAAAGGCCCAGAGCCCGUUAAUUUGCCCGCUGCUGAUUGGUGCACGGUGCCUGUUCGAUGGGCUUCGGCGGCUUGAGGGACAUAUGGGAGCACUGGCGAUGGUUCCUGCGAUUCGAUGAAUUGGCAACCCCUGCGCUCGCCUCCUCAUUCCGCGGCCUUAAAGCUGUCGUCUUCUCCUCUUUCCCUUUUCCCUGCCCGUUUCUGAAUCCCUAAUCUUCCAAUUCAGACCAUCUUCUCUCUGUGUUUCCAUCCAUCCAUCUUAUCCCUCUAUCCUAUCUCGCCCAUCCACUUAUUUAAGACAUCCCCUCCUUCGUAUCACCAUGGCCUCGGCUGCAAGAACUGCUUCCCGCUUCCUCCGGUCAACCCCAGCAACCUCCUCCUUCAGACCGGCGGCUCGCAGCACCCGGUUUGCCCUUCCUACCCAGGCCUUCCGUGCAUCUGCUCGUCGCGGUUAUGCCUCUGAAUCUGGUGAGGCCAAAUCCUCUUCGAACGCCUUCCUCUGGUCUGGUCUCGCCGCUGCUGCUGGUGCGGGUGCAUACUUCUACCUGAACGGCAGUGAUGCUUCUGUCGGUGUGAAAGGUGUUCCUACCCAGGCCGAUUACCAAAAGGUGUACGAUGAGAUUGCUCGUCGUCUCGCGGACGACACCGAUUACGAUGAUGGCAGCUAUGGACCGGUUCUCGUUCGAUUGGCAUGGCACGCAAGUGGCACCUAUGACAAGGAAACCGGUACAGGAGGAAGCAACGGCGCCACCAUGAGAUUCGCCCCCGAGUCGGACCACGGCGCCAACGCUGGUCUCAAGACUGCCCGAGACUUCUUGGAGCCCGUCAAGGCCAAGUUCCCCUGGAUCUCCCACUCCGACCUCUGGACUCUGGCUGGUGCCUGUGCCAUUCAGGAAUUGGGUGGCCCCACCGUUCCCUGGAGACCCGGUCGCCAGGACAAGGAUGUCGCUGCCUGCACUCCUGAUGGACGUCUGCCCGAUGGUGCCAAGGGCCAGGGCCACGUUCGCGAUAUCUUCUACCGUAUGGGAUUCAAUGACCAGGAGAUUGUUGCCCUGAUUGGCGCUCACGCUCUGGGCCGUGCCCACGCCGAUCGCUCCGGCUUCGAUGGACCCUGGGACUUCAGCCCUACUGUCUUCACCAACGAGUUCUUCCGUCUCCUUGUUGAAGAGAAGUGGCAGCAGAAGAAGUGGAACGGACCUGUUCAGUUCACCGACAAGUCCACUCAGACUCUGAUGAUGCUUCCCUCUGAUAUUGCCCUGAUUAAGGACAAGGGGUUCAAGAAGCACGUCGACCGUUAUGCCAAGGACAGUGACGUCUUCUUCAAGGAGUUUUCCGACGUUUUCGUCAAGCUCCUCGAGCUGGGUGUUCCCUUCACCAGCAAGGCUGAAGACCGCUUCGUCUUCAAGACUUCUGAAUAAGGAUCUCAGCGGUCUCUUAACUUAUUCUGUUUUGCUUUGUUUGAUUGGCUUUGUAGCACUGCAUCUCUUUUGUUUUUGUUUUGAUAUCCGACAUAUACUUGUCGCAUUUUGGGAGGUCCCUGGUUAUUGGGGAUGGCGUCAUUUUAUUAGAUCUGUUUUGGAUCUCAUUCUGGAAAAGAAUGGCAAAUAGUAGACUAUAAAAAGGUCUUGAAUAUCAUUACCCAAAGAAUUCUUCGUGUAUAUCGAUAGACUGUAAACAUCUCAGGUCAUUAUUGCUGCCGGAUGAGUGGCAGAAUUUUUAUGUAGAGCCUAACUCCCGAGACUUUU